UUGCUAUUUUCUUCAAUUUAACAUUGUUCCUAGUAAUUUACUAAUUUAUAAUAUUAUCUUCAUAUAUUACAUAGUUCCAAUUCCUUCUUUCUUUUUUUUUCUACUCAAUACAGUGAGGGGUAGAAUGGUAAUUUGCUUAUCAAUCUGAUUCAUCUUCCUCUUCCCAAACCCAAAAGGCCUGAGUGAGAGCUUGCCAAAAAACACCAGCGAAAGAUUUUAAAACCGCACGAGGCCAGCCAGGACUUGGGCUUAACGAAUGCCAGCGAGAUUUUCUUAACGUGAUCAAUCUACUGUUGCAGUGUCAACAUCUCCGUGAGCCUCUUCUUUUCCUUGUUCCCAGAACCAAUGCAUUUGGGCUAGAAAACGGAUCUGUUUUUUUUUUCUAGGAUUUUGUCAUUAGUUUUGGCCGUGAUUUUGGUGUAUCCUAAAUCCCUGGCGUUUGUUGCUAUCACAUUCGAUUUUAUAGGGUGAGAUUUGGAAGAGAGUUUUUUGGAUUUAGGGUUUUAUUUAUCAUGUCAAACUUGUUGUUAUACUGCCGACGGUUUUGUCUGAUAUCUUCUUCGCGUCCGUUUAAUUCCGGAGACUCUGUGUCCGUUUCGAAAUUUCUCACUCAUAAGCUAAGGUUUCUACUGAGAAGAAGAACACUGUGUUCAGUAUCAGAAGGAGGGGAAACAGAGGAGGUUGCCAAAGAUAAGAGACCAUGGUUAAAGUCGUUUACUGUCUCAUAUCUCGUGAACUCAUGUGGGUUGUCAUUGGAAUCUGCCAAGUCAAAGUCCAGAUUCGUUAAGUUGUCAUCUUCAGAAAGACCAGACUCUGUACUCACACUGCUCAAGAACAGUGGCUUCACCAAUGAGCAGAUCAUUAGGGUUGUCAAUUCAUUCCCCAGUAUUCUGAUAGUGAACCCAGAGGUUGUACUCUUACCAAAGCUCAUGUUUUUCCGUUCAAUCGGGUUAUCGAGAUCUGAUACGGCGAAACUGAUCUCAAAUUGUCCCACAACGCUGUCCCUUAGUUUGACCAACAGGCUGAUCCCUUGCUAUGAUUCCCUCAUGAGCAUACUCGGCGAGCAAGAAAAUGUUCUUAAAUGCUUGAGACGUGGAUAUUGGAUUUUCACAUUGGACACUGCGAAGUACUUGGCUACACGGCUAUCCCUCUGUCGGGAUCUUGGAGUCCGGGACCAAAGCAUCAAGAGACUGGUCCAAAAUGGUCCACUCGUGUUCUUCUGCUCCGAGAGAAAGUUCAACGAGGUCCUAAACAGAGUUCGCGACUUUGGUUUUGACCCCAAAAAGAUGUAUUUCGUUCAUGCUAUGUUGGUUUUUUUCCAUGUUAGUGAAUUCGCUGUGGAACACAAGUUUGGACUGUACAAACAGUUUGGUUGGUCCACAGACGAUUGCGUGGCGGCACUCAUGAGAUUCCCAAAUUGUGUGAAGAUAUCGGAUGAGAAGAUAACGGGAACCAUGGAUUACCUCAUUAACAAUGUGGGUCUCCCGCCUGGUGCCAUUGCUAUGCAACCUUUUCUUUUGGGUCUGAGCUUGGAGAAGAGAAUCAAACCAAGGAACGUUGUGAUCUCUGAGCUGCUGUCUAAAGGGUUUGUCAAGAAAGAAGAUUUGAACUAUUUCCAGAUUCUUAAGAUUAAAGAUUGUGUGUUCGUCGAUAAGUAUGUUCGGAAAUUUCAGCAGGUUUCUGCUCUUCAGCCAUGCCCUUGACAGAACAUAAUAUCUAUUUUUGUUUCUCUUAGGCUUCCUUUUAAUGUGAAUUAUGACGUUAUUGUCAUCUGUUUUUGAUUGAUGCUGUCAAAAUCAUAAUGUUUCUCAUGUCAUCACUUUAGUUUAUAAUGACCCCAACCAAUGCUUAAAGUUUUGAAGACAG